CAGAAGGGCUUCCAAAACCCUGCUUCCACUUUCGAUCCCUUUCAUCGCUCUCGCGCGCGGUCAGAGGCCUCGGAAGCUCAGAGCCUCAGACACAGACUACUAGUUGAAGCCUCGAACUCACACAGACUAACGCUUCACCUCUUCGCUGUUGCAGCCAUGGGAGGAGAGAAUCUGAAAUCUCUCGUCAGUUCUUUCACUCCUGAGGGUGAUUUCCUCGCCACUUUAUCUCCAACUGGAAACGUUAAGAUCUGGAACACGGGUAAUGGAGAUCUCUUUGCAGAGUGCAAGGAGCUAAAUGGGGACUCUGAUAUGACUUAUUCUUGUUUGGCAUGCAGUUACAUUGGGAAAAAGCGUAGCAAAAAACAUGGCACAUUCAUACUUGCUCUUGGCACAAAUGCUGGUGACAUUGUGGCUAUUAAUGUUUUCACUGGUGAGAGGAAGUGGACAUGUACUGGAUGCCACCCUGGUGGAACUGCAGGUCUCUCUUUUGCAAAUAAAGGCUACAGUCUUUACACUGUCGGCACUGAUGGGCUGGCGUCUGAGCUGGACUCUAAAACUGGAGAAGUUAUUCAAAAGUUCAAGGUUUCAAAGAAGCCCGUCUCCUCAUUUGCCCUUUCUAGUGAUGAGAAAACUUGUGCUGUUGCCCACACUAAGAUUCGGGUUUUCAGCCUGGAAAGCAAAAAAGAAAUUCAGAACUGCUUUGCUGAUCUGAGCCCAGUGCAGUAUAUUGCUAUCUCUGAUGGUGCCAAGGCGAUUGUUACGUCCAGGUUCAGCGAGAAGCAGCUUCAAGUGUGGGAGUGUGAUUCCAGCACCAAAACUAUAACUGCUGGAUCAAUCCUUUCCAUGAGACAUCCUCCAUUCGUUUUAGAUUGCCAGAAUUCUUGCAAUAACAGAGAUGGUUUGGUCAUCCUCUCAGUUUCAGAAUCGGGUAUUGCACAUAUAUGGGAAUUGAAAAACCUUUCACAAGAGGAGGCAAACCCUACUAAGAUAAGAGUCAAAUCUGUUAAAGCAGAAGAAAACCAGCAGAAGAGUGGAAGUGCCAAGAAGGGUCGCAUUCCUAUUAUUGCUGCCAGAUUACAAGAUUUAGGAAAGGAUGGGCUGGUUUCUGUCCUUAUCGCUUACGGGUCAACAGAUCAUCCACAGUUUAAUCUCCUUGAUAUUACCAAUAUAGGGGAGGACAUUGUUAUAACUGCUAAAGAUGUGAUUUCAGAAACUGUAACUUCAAGUCUUCAAGAAAAUGGGGAUUUUAGAGCCAAAGAAAACUCUGUGAUGGAUUUCCAAAAUCUGGAGUCAGGAGCAACAGAUCCACUAAUCCAGAAGGAAAAAGUGAGUAAAAAAAGAGUAGCAUCUGAUCGAGAUCUUGAAACAGAGAACCUCACUGAUCUUGGUCAUGCAGAGGCUAUUGAUAGGCUCCAUGUUGAGGAUGAUUUGAAUGAACCAACAAUGGGAGAGAAGCUCGCAAGGCUAAACUUACUUGAUGAUGACAAAGCCAACACUUUGGAAAUCCAUGGGUCUCCUACUGAGGCAAAACCUCCCAGUGCUGAUUCCGUUCAUGUUUUGCUUAAGCAAGCACUGCAUGCUGAUGAUCGGGCACUUCUGUUAGAUUGCUUGUACACACAAGAUGAAAAGGUUAUUGCAAAUUCAACUUCAUUGUUAAAUCCAUCUGAUGUUCUCAAACUUUUGGAGUCCCUAGUGUCUAUGAUCCAGUCAAGUAGGGGUGCUGUGUUGGCUUGUGCCCUUCCAUGGCUAAGAAAUUUGCUUCUUCAGCAAGCCAGUUGUAUAAUGUCGCAAGAAACUUCUCUGCUCACCCUCAACUCUCUAUAUCAGCUGAUUGAGUCUAGAGUUUCUACUUUCCAGUCAGCACUCAAGCUAUCAAGUUGCGUAGACUGUCUUUUUGUAGGGAUCUCUGAUGAUGUGGCUGAUGAGACGAGCACAAUAAAACCUGUAUUUUAUGAGGAUAAAGAUGAAAGUGAUGAAGAGGAGCCUGAAGAUGCUAUGGAAACUGAUGAAGAGAGUGAAGAAGCCAUGGAAGCCAUUAAUGGUUUUAGUGAUUUUGAAGAAAGCGAUUGACACGAGGGAAUGAAAUUAUAAGUAAUGAAAGCCCCUUCUAAGGAAUUCUGAAUUUUUGGUCCUAAGAAAGAAACAGAGGUUGGUACUGGAUUCAGGGUUGCAUACCAUCCAUUGCAGUGCCACAAAAUUUGAGAAUCUGACUCCAAUGUUGCAAAUGUUGUGCACAAGUAUGUGCUAAAAUUUUGACAUGUUUCGAAAUUAUUUGUAAUACUUCAUCAAUAUGAGUUUCAAAUUUUCAUGUGGUCGAACCCAUUUAUUUGAGAUAAGGUUAUGGACCUAAUCUUUUUGAUUA